AUGGAAGGUGUUCUGGUUCAAUCCGUCGAACGCCGUGGAGACCCGCGCAGCCACGGCCCUGCUCCCGCGGCACAGCCCCCUCCCCCGGAUCAAACGGCCGAAACCGACGGCGAUGUCUUGUGCCCGUCCUGCGCGUUUCUUGCGCCGAUCGGGUUUCCAGUCAAGCGGAUGCGCCAGGCGAUGAUGCUGGCGGCCAAGAACGGAACGGUCGCGGGCACCGAGCUUCUGGCGCAUGGCGCCAUCACACAGGAGGCCUACUACCGGACGCUGGCAAAUCAUCUGCAGGUGAGCUUCGUCGAGCCCGGCGAUAUCGCGAUGAUCAUGAACGGGCGAGACGGCUCGCUCGAGGGCGUCAAUGUCCGGGCCAAUCUCAUCUGGUGCCAGUUGCGCGACGGCCGCACGCUGCCGGUGACCGCGCCCGAUCCGCGUUCCGUCGAAACCCUCAGCGUGAGCCUGGCAUCAAACGGUCUCCGGCGGUCGUUUGCUCUGACGAAGCCCGAGACGUUGCGUACUCUUCUGACGCGGAAAUACUGGCCGCUGCUGCUGGAAACGGCGACCCGCAAGCUGGCCUAUGACGAACCUGCCAUGUCGGCCCAUGCCGGCGCCCGCUUCUGGCAGGGCGUCGUCUCCGCGCUGCUCGUUUUGGGCGUUGCAGCCGCCUUCGCCACACGGCCGGGCAUUGCCAGCACCGCACUGCAUGUGGCGAUGUCGACGUUCUUCUUCAGUUGCGUGCUGCUGCGGCUUCUGGCCGUCCUGACCUUCCGGGCGCCGGCGACAGCACCUCUCAAACGCAUGGACCCGCGUACCCGGCCCGACUAUUCGGUCCUGGUCUGCCUCUACAAAGAGAGUGCGGUCGUUCCCGAUCUCAUCGCCAGCCUCAAAACGAUCGAAUGGCCACGCUCCCGGCUGCAAAUCCUGCUGGUGUGCGAAGACGACGAUGUCGACACGAUCGAUGCGCUGGCGCGGCAGGAGCUGCCACCGUGCUUCGAGAUCGUUCGCGUUCCGCCGGCACAGCCGCGCACCAAGCCCAAGGCGCUCAACUACGCGAUGAUGUUCGCACGCGGCCAGUUCAUCACCCUAUACGAUGCGGAGGACCGCCCGCAUCCCCGGCAGCUUGAGGAAGCCUGGCAGACCUUCCUUCAAAGCGACGAGUCGGUCGGCUGCCUGCAGGCACCGCUGGUCAAGGCAAACACAAGCCGCAAUGCGCUGACCGCGCUUUUUCAUCUCGAGUAUGCGGGCCUGUUCGGCGGGCUGAUGCCGUGGCUCGCGCGCGUCGGCAGUCCGAUCAUGCUGGGCGGCACGUCAAACCAUUUCCGCCGGCAUGCGCUGGAUCAGGUGGGCCGCUGGGACCCGUUCAACGUCACCGAAGACGCCGACCUGGGCAUGCGGCUGUGGCGCGGCGGCUACCGCACGGCGAUGAUCAGCCGACCGACGCUGGAAGAUGCGCCGCACACAUUGGGCGCCUGGCUGCCGCAGCGUACGCGCUGGUUCAAGGGCUGGAUGCAGACAUGGAUCGUGCACACGCGAGAGCCGGCGCGGCUCUACCGCAACAUGCAUCUGCGCGCGUUCGUGAUCACACAGCUGCUUCUGACCGGCACCUUCGUCUCGGCCCUGCUGCACCCGCUGGUGCUGGUCAAUGCGGUGGGUCUGAGCAUCUGGCUGACCGUCCAGUCGCCCGAUCCGGCCUAUAUGAGCCUGAUCGCCUGGAUCGACUGGCUGAUGAUCGCCGCAAGCUAUCUGGCGUUCGGAGCGCUGUGCUGGCUGGCGACCGCGCCGGAGGAGCGAAGCAAGAUCGGUUGGCGCAUUGUGCUGAUCCCGGUUUACUGGAUGGCGCAGUCCGUCGCCGCAUGGCGCGCGCUCGUCCAUCUGUUCAGCCGACCGUUCGAAUGGGAAAAGACACCGCAUACGGCACACCAGAGACAGGAUUGA